CGAAUGAUAAAUACGAACAGGUGAAGAUGAGAAUGCAGUUCACUACAAUUCUGCUGAUAUGCAUCGAGCAAUUUACUAAGGCUCUGGCCCAGGGCAUGCCAGUGAGUCCGUGCCCGAAGGUCUUUCAGUACCGGUUCGAUGGCAGCGAGUGGUUCGGUCUGGCAGCCAUACGAAAUCCGGACGUCCAGGCGCUACAGAUCCGCAUCACGCUCUCCAUGCGCGGCAAGCCAACCACGAAUUACCUGGGCGAGAUCGAGUUGCUGACUCGGGGCCGGUUUACGAGCAAUGCGCCGGUGCUCUACAAGAUCCGCUUUCCCAAACAUCACUUUCCACCCAAGCUGGUGCUCAUCUCGGUCAACAACCAGGUCAUCUGCUUUGGAGCUGCCGAUCACAGCAUAUUUAUGACUCAGAUUCAGCUGGAGCACACGCGAAAGCUAACCUUUAUAGCCGAUAACAGUUCGUCGGGCCUUACGCUGUCGCCGUCGGUCGAGGGAGACCUGGGCCUGGAGUCCUCCGGCAAUCCGAAGCAGCCCACCCAGCUCCACUCCACUCAGUUCAAGAAGAAGCCAUUCCAUGCGCCGGGCGAGGUCUGCGGCCGGGUGGACAAGGCCCUCGACUUUCGCUUGCCCAAGCGCCGGCAGCGCAAGAUGAUCUCCGCCGCCUCCGCUGCCUCCGCUGCCUCCACUCCAGCCGCGCCUCGCUUCGCAGCCGAGCCGGCCGGACAGCUGCCAGUCUUUGACUCGGAGUACGACGAGGACGAGUCGCCCGAGGAUGAGGACGAUGGCAUCGUGCUCGUGGACGGCCAAGGCACUGCCACGGGCAAUACGAUGCUGCCAUCACUAACGCGCGGCGCUUGGCCCUGGCUGGCGGCGAUAUACGUCAACAAUCUCACGUCCCUCAAUUACCAGUGCGGCGGCACGCUCGUCUCGGCCCGCGUCGUCAUCAGCUCGGCCCACUGCUUCCAGAUGUUCAAUCAGCGCUACACGGCCAACGAGGUGCUCGUCUUUCUCGGCAGGCACAAUCUCAAGAACUGGAACGAGGACGGCUCCCUGGCAGCGCCCGUCGACGGCAUCUAUAUACACUCCGACUACAACGGCCAGUUGAGCAACUACGACGCGGACAUCGCUGUCAUUCUGCUCAAGAAUGAAGUGCGCUUUAAUACAUUCAUACAGCCCGUCUGCCUGUGGUCGGGCUCCAGCAAAAUGGAGUAUAUCGUGGGCGAGCAUGGCAUUGUGAUUGGCUGGAGCUUCGACAGGAGCAGAAACGCGACGGCGAUCUCGAAGAGUCCGGCAACCGCAGCUGAGGCGAAGUUCAUACCAAUUGUGGUAAAGGCGCCCAUUGUUUCCAAUGCGGAGUGCUUCAAGGCGAACGAGCACUUUCGCAGUCUCUCGUCGAAUCGCACCUUCUGUGCGGGAUUCCUGCUGGACGGCCAGCGGGGCGGCGGGCGCAGGGAGCGCAGGGAGAGACGCGGAGCUGGUACGGGCAUCUCUGGUGCCGGCCUGAUGAUACUCAGGAACAAUCGCUGGAUGCUGCGCGGCACCGUCUCGGCUGCUCUGCCCAGCGACAAGAAUCUGAGCAGCGAUCCAGCUCAAUGCUGUACUACUCAAUAUAUCAUUUAUGCCGACGUCGCAAAGUUUAUUGAUUGGAUAAUGGCUUUUAUUAUAUAAUUCAUGAUGUGUGUUAGUGUGUGUGUGUGUCAAUGUAAUGUAUGCCCGAUUCAAAUGGCGAAUUCAAUUUGAAUUAAAUAACUGCUGUGAUAA